CAGGGGGAGGAGCGAGUGGCGAUGGGAAACGGCACGUUGUUUUGCUCGAGCGGGGCUGUGCAGUGAGCAUGCUUCCCCGCGACCGGCUUAUUCCAGCCUGCCCGCGCCGGCUGUCGCUGCUGGCCCUUUGUUCGUCCGUGCCGCCACCCGGGGGAUUUGAUCACGACCCGGGGAGCCUCGCGCGCAAUGGUGGCGCGGACCGGGCAGCAGGAAGCCACCCGCCAGCCUCGGCGCACGCCGGCCUCGGUCCGGAGCUGCUGCUGCUGCAGGAGGAGGAAGAGGAGGGGAAGCGGCGCUGAACUGCAGACGCGACUUUGAACAGGAACAGACACAACUCUGGGCUCGCCGGCUCGGCCCUGGCAGAUUGAGAAAGGCAGGGAGGAGGAGAAGGCGAAGGCCCGGGAGAGGCUUGGUGGCCUCUUCCCUGGCAUAGCAGAAUGUUUACCCUUGCAGAAGUUGCAUCUCUUAAUGACAUUCAGCCAACAUACCGAAUCCUGAAACCAUGGUGGGAUGUAUUUAUGGACUAUCUAGCUGUUGUUAUGCUAAUGGUCGCCAUCUUUGCUGGAACCAUGCAGCUGACCAAAGAUCAGGUGGUCUGUUUGCCUGUGUUGCACUCUGCUGUAAAUUCAAAAGUGCAGCCCAGCUCCCUCGGAAGUGUCAAAGCAGCAAACCUUGUACCAGAGUCUGAAGCAUCUAUUGUUGAAGAGAAAGAAACAUGGGUAGCAGGGACAGUUUCCUUUGAAGGGGCAACUGGUGUUACACCUGACAUACCUCUGAGCAGAACUACCUAUUCACCAUUGCACUCCACGGCCACAAGCCAGGAAGCAAAGAAGGAGCAAAAAGACCCUCUGGGCCGAAAAACAAAUUUGGAUUAUCAGCAAUAUGUUUUCAUUAACCAGAUGUGUUAUCAUUUGGCUCUUCCUUGGUAUUCAAAGUAUUUCCCCUACUUAGCUCUUAUACAUACUAUUAUUUUAAUGGUUAGCAGUAAUUUUUGGUUUAAAUAUCCAAAAACUUGCUCAAAGAUCGAACAUUUUGUUUCUAUCUUAGGGAAGUGCUUUGAGUCUCCUUGGACCACAAAAGCAUUAUCUGAAACAGCAUGUGAGGAUUCUGAGGAGAAUAAACAAAGACUCACUGGGGCCCAGUCUCUGCCGAAGCAUGUCUCAACCAGUAGUGAUGAGGGAAGCCCAAGUGCCAGUACCCCUAUGAUAAGCAAGUCUGGCUUCAAAUUCUCAGCAGAAAAGCCGGUUGUUGAGGUCCCAAGCAUGACCAUUUUGGAUAAAAAAGAUGGCGAGCAAGCCAAAGCCCUUUUUGAGAAAGUACGUAAAUUCCGGGCCCACGUAGAGGACAGUGAUUUGAUUUAUAAACUCUACGUUGUACAGACUGUUAUAAAAACGGUGAAAUUCAUAUUUAUUCUCUGCUACACAGCAAACUUUGUCAAUGAAAUCAGUUUUGAGCACCUCUGUAGGCCCAAAGUGGAACAUCUAACAGGCUAUCAGGAGUUUGAAUGCACACACAAUAUGGCUUACAUGCUGAAGAAGUUGCUCAUUAGUUACAUUUCUCUCAUUUGUGUCUAUGGUUUUGUGUGUCUGUACACCCUGUUUUGGUUGUUCCGGUUACCCCUAAAGGAAUAUUCUUUUGAGAAAGUUAGGGAAGAGAGUAGCUUCAGUGAUAUUCCAGAUGUUAAGAAUGAUUUUGCAUUUCUCUUGCACAUGGUUGACCAAUAUGAUCAACUGUACUCCAAGCGGUUUGGUGUCUUCUUAUCAGAGGUGAGUGAAAAUAAACUGAGGGAAAUAAGCUUGAACCAUGAGUGGACUUUUGAAAAGCUGCGGCAGCAUGUCUCCCGUAAUGCCCAGGACAAGCAAGAACUGCAUCUCUUCAUGCUGUCGGGGGUCCCAGACGCAGUGUUUGAUCUGACGGAUCUAGAUGUGUUGAAACUUGAACUGAUUCCUGAAGCAAAAAUCCCAGCUAAAAUCUCCCAGAUGACUAACCUUCAAGAGCUGCAUCUCUGUCACUGCCCUGCAAAGGUGGAACAAACAGCCUUCAGUUUUCUCCGUGACCACCUGAGGUGCCUGCAUGUGAAGUUCACAGAUGUGGCAGAAAUCCCAGCUUGGGUGUACCUACUUAAAAAUCUUCGGGAGUUGUACCUGGUAGGCAACUUGAACUCUGAAAAUAACAAAAUGAUAGGACUUGAAUCUCUCAGAGAACUAAGACAUCUUAAAAUCCUCUAUGUGAAAAGCAAUUUGACCAAAAUCCCCUCUAACAUCACUGAUGUAGCACCACAUCUGACCAAGCUCGUCAUUCACAAUGAUGGCACCAAGCUCUUUGUACUGAACAGCCUUAAGAAAAUGAUGAAUGUAGCUGAACUAGAACUGCAGAACUGUGAACUUGAGAGAAUUCCACAUGCCAUUUUCAGUCUCACUAAUUUACAGGAACUAGAUUUAAAGUCAAACAGCAUACGCACAAUUGAAGAAGUCAUCAGCUUCCAACAUUUAAAAAGAUUGACUUGUCUGAAGUUGUGGCACAACAAAAUAGUCAACAUUCCUCCCUCUAUUACUCAUGUUAAAAACUUGGAGUCACUCUAUCUCUCCAACAAUAAACUUGAGGCUUUACCAGCUGCAGUGUUCAGUUUACAGAAACUCAGAUGCUUGGAUGUAAGCUACAAUUCCAUUGCAGUGAUUCCUGUGGAAAUAGGUUUGCUUCAGAACCUACAGCAUUUGCAUAUCACAGGCAACAAAGUGGAUAUUUUGCCAAAACAGUUAUUUAAAUGCUCCAAACUGAGGACUUUGAGUCUGGGGCAGAACUGUAUCACCUCAAUCCCAGAAAAAAUUGGUCAGCUGCUACAGCUUACUCACCUGGAGCUGAAAGGGAACUGUUUAGACAGACUCCCAGCAACACUGGGGCAGUGUCGGCUUCUCAGGAAAGGUGGACUCAUUGUGGAAGAUCACCUCUUUGACACUUUGCCUUCAGAAGUAAAAGAAGCGUUGAACCAAGACACAAGCAUUCCCUUUGCUAAUGGGAUUUAAACAGAGACAGAACUCACAAAGAGAAUAGCAUAGAUGAUGCUAGUUAUCAAAUCCCUGUGUUAAGAAAUCUGGAACUCUUUUUUGUAAAGGACUGUUAGAAGGUAGAAGCAGUUUGGUGUCCGUAGUAUUUUAAAACAUCAUUUCCAACAUUUUUGGAGGGGAAGGAGGGUGGGGUGGGAGAACCUUAAAUGAUUUUGAUUCUUUCUCUUUUAAGUUGUUUGUAACUUGGAUGCUGCCGCUUUUGAAUGUUUACAAAUUUACUCGCCUGCUUAAUGUAUAUGAUUAAACUGGUGACCUUUUCUUACUAUAAAUAA